UUUCACUAGUAUCGUUCUUCAUCCUAGAAACACCUCAUUCGUUCAUGGGAAAAUAUAUACAUACACAGUGUGACUAUGGUGUACCACAUGGAAACAGACUACUCAUUCGCUAGUUCGAAGUAGUGUGCUAUCGACAUCGUUCCGGACGAAUAACCUCAUUCCCAUAAUCCACAUCCAUAUGAUGAAAGGAGGUUCAAAGGAUUAGACAUAGGAAGGAGAUAAGGAGAAGAGUUUCGAUGGAACGACAAUUCGCCAGCUUCGAAUUGAUGUCGCUAAGCUUGGAAGGUUCUCCAGUGUGUUCCUCGUGUUCACAGGUGGAUGAGAAUCGUCAGAGUCGGCCAACGUCAUGGCAUAGUCUUGGGGGUGGUUCGAAUAAAAAGAAGGUGGCGCUGAACGAACGUGCCAGCUCGAAAUUCGAAGGCAGGCGUCGAUCUCGUUGGUAAGACGCCGUUGGCGUCGCGAACGGACGACGGCGGCGCUGCCGCCGUCACCACCACCAUAGUCAUCGUUAUCAGCUAGCAGCACCACCAGAGAGGCUGGAUACUAUCAGACCUAGAGCAGUGUCGGCACCGCUGCGCCUGCUUUACGUGGUUAUCGCGCACAAUUUCGCGCACGAUGUCGACGUACUCGAAGGACUUCGCGUAAGGGUAGAACGCGGAAGAAGAUAAUUUCCGCUUGCGAGUACGUGUCUCGGUGAAAAAGGAGUGACGAUCCUUUGCUAAAAGUGUUUCAUCAAAUUAAAAGAUUUCAUUUAGACAGAGAAAAGUGCCAACGAAGGAAGAGAGCAAAUAUUUUCCAGGAUCAUCAAAAGGAUUCUGGAAGAGAAUCCUUCUUCUUUUUUUCGAAAAAAGAACAAUUCGUGCGAAACGAACAAACAAACAUUUUUAACACAGAGUUCUUAUCGAACAAAUCUUUAAAGACGAGAAACGUCUUAUAUUUGGAUGUGCAAUGAGUUCGAAAUACAUCUUAUCAAUGUAAUUUCCUCGCUUGCUUGAUCUCGUCCUAAUCGAAGAAAUAUGAACGCGAGAAGACAAUAAGGAAAAAUGUUCAAAUUUGUGCUGGUGUUUUUCAGACAGACAGAUGCAACGGAUACGAGAGAAGACGAGAUGGCCGAGGCGGCACCGAGAACGACGUUAUUGUCCUUCCUCGAAUCAACGAACCAUCCUCGUGAUCCUUCGACGAGAUCGUGAACUCCCGCGACUUUUUCCUAUUCAAAUAUUUCAAAAGAAAGAUAUCGUCGUAAGGAUGUAGGCAGGCUCGAGUUCAGGCCCUGUCGUGGCCGAGUUUCCUUACGCGAUUCUUCCUAUAUAUAUAUAUAUAUAUGUAUGUAUAUACAUAUAUACAUACAUACAUAUAUAUAUAUAUUUUACUAUGAUGUAAGUAUAUACAUACACGUUCCGAACGUACGAAAAAAAGGAUCGUAAGGUCGGAAAGUGGAAAGAUCGUCGAGCGUGUCAAAGCCGCUCCCACAAAAAUCUCUCGAGAAUAUAGGCACGAUCCUUCUACUCGAUCGUCCUACUUUUUUCUCUCCCUCUCCCUCUUCUCAAAGCAUCCGUGCAUCUCGGUGCAUCCCAGUGCAUCUCGGUGUCCUAGUGCUCGUCAGAUUGUCGAAGGAGGAUAAAAAGAAGAGUGGUGAGCGUUCGUAAAAGAAGUGGCCGGUCUCGACGUUUAAUAAGCGGGGAAAAAGAGAGAAAAGCAAAGAGGGAGGUCUCCCGAUCAACGAGAUAUGAAAAUGUGUGCGAAAAUAAUAAAAUGCACGACACGUGACAACGUCAUUCUUCUUGGUGACGGCAUGAUAUCUCGAAGCCGAUGACACGGUCGUCGGAGCGUCGCGAUAAGUGUUAGUGGCUUAACGUGUAUGUCGUGCAGCGUAUACAUAGGAUGUUGUUCCUGGAAGUUGUCCAAUAGUCCACGAGGAGAAAGAUAGCAACAGCGAAAAUGGUGGAUCUAGAGGGUUACAUCAUUAUGCUGGCGAAUAAGAACGGGGAGAUGAAGUUGUAUGGUUCUCGUGCGGAUAACGCGGACAGUUUGGAAUUCGACGACGAAAUUCUCCAAGUGAACGGCCGUACUCUGCAAAAUGCAACCUACGCGGAAGUCAUUCAGUACAUACACCAGUGCAUCAAAUCACGCACGAUUUCUCUCCGAUUACGCAGGAGGAAGGAGAGCCGGAUCGAAGAGCUGGAUGGACCAAAUGCUGUACGGAUACGAGACGGUUGGGUUAUCGCUGUCGAAAGAGGCGUAAGAGAAAGGUUGAAAGAGCUCGCUGCCCUGAGGAGCAUCCAGUUACGGGAUAUCGAAGCCAUAUUAGAUCAUCAGAUAAACGAGACCGGUGCAUCCACGAGCGAGGAGAGCACGAGAAAAGAUGUAACGAGUAAUCAGGUCACCGUGACCCUUGCGGAUGAGGAUGUACGUAAUACGAACGCCUUCUUCACAAAACUCAGUAACGGUACGAUUCCUAAAGGAUUGACCAAGGACGGUCAGGAUACGCGAGAAGGAAAAACUUUGCAGGAACGAAAGGACGUUUUGGAAAAGCAACAAACCUCAUCGGAUGAAACAAAUCUUUUGCAACCAGUGCAGACCAGCAACAAGGUAGGGGAACGCCGUGCUAGCAGUCCCUUCCAAAAUGGCCGGACAGAGGUCCUGAUUGGAGAACCGGAGGGCGGCCCGAGGUCGCCGCGAGGAUCGACGUCUUCAGCGGUGAACGACGGCAAUUUUCUUAAUCCACCGGACGAACGCGAAGCAAUUUACAGGUCCCGUCGACGUAGCGGCAGUGGCGCAUCGGACAUACACCAACAGCAGCAGCAACAGCAGCAACAACAGCAGCAGACGCAGCUGCAAGAGAACAACAACGGGAGUUCACGGGAUACAGGAAAGAAAUUGCAGGAGGGAUUGGGUCCCGAUGAGAUGUGGGCUCCUGGUGCCCUAGGCCAUCACCGGGAGCUACCAGUCGAUGUGCCCGACACCUUAUUACAGAAGGCCUAUCCCAAUAAGGCCGGUCUUAAUGGGGUCAAACCUGCCAUCCCGCCCAGAGAUCAAAAAAGAGCACCCGCUAGACCACCGAAGGAUAGCCUCAGACUUUCGAGCCAGAAUAACAACGUCGAGAGCAACGAUUAUGCUAAUACUACGGAACCUACGCAGCAGCAGCUUCAUUCCAUUAGGAAAUAUCAGGAACAACUACGGAAACGCAAGGACGAGGAGGAGAGACAAGAAAUUUUGAAUCGAUCGCUUCGUGGCUCAACGAAGCUUCAAGCUUUAGAAAGUCAUGCUACGAAUCUUACGGGCCAGGAGAAUCUUGCGUAUGCUCAAGACGAGUUGACCACCACUGUUAGUCGUCCUGCUCAUGUCGCACCUCAAGCGCCCUUAACAUACGGAGAGGUCGUUGCCACGUUGGAGAGAUUGCAGCUUCAGUUACGAAACAUCUCCGGCGCUCUCGGCAUUUCGGGUCCAAGUGUGGAAGCCGAACUUGAGGCAGUUCGGACGCUUUUAUUGCAAAGCCGAUUUGCAACUGCCGUAGCUACGCAUUAUGCUUUGAAAACGCGGUUAAGGUCGAACAAGGUUCUUAGACAUCAUGCCGAAGACUCAUCGACAUUAGCUCGGGACUGCGUAGACGUAUUAGAAAAAUGGCAAUCAUCAACGGAUGCUGGUACGGCGGAAACGAUGGCUGCCGUGGAGGAGCUGACGGGUAUUCUUACGAGUUACGACAUGGAGGCAUUACUUAUAGCACACGAUUCUGUAAUUUCGUAUGUGGAGGGCUUCCAAAGAAAGCACAGUCCUUCGUCCUCGUCACCGAGUCGUCCACCAAGUCCUACAUCGAGUUGGAGAGAGUCACGUGUAGAUAACAUCAAAAUUAUUAGGAUCGAGAAAACUAACGAACCUUUAGGUGCUACUGUUCGAAACGAUGGUGAUGCAGUCAUUAUCGGUCGUGUCGUUCGAGGUGGUGCAGCAGACAAGUCCGGACUCCUGCACGAAGGGGACGAAGUUCUGGAAGUUAAUGGAGUUGAAAUGCGUGGAAAAAGUGUUAACGAUGUUUGUGACAUUUUAGCUGGCAUGCAGGGUAGUCUUACGUUCUUAGUAUUACCAGCACCAACGAAUUACCGAAAUAAUUUGAAUAACAGGAAAGAGGACACUAAUCAGAUACAGCAUAUACGUGCACACUUUGAUUAUGAUCCUGAGGAGGAUCCAUAUAUACCAUGUAGAGAACUCGGAGUUAGUUUCCAAAAAGGUGACGUAUUGCAUGUGAUUUCUCAAGAGGAUCCAAACUGGUGGCAAGCUUAUAGAGAAGGUGAAGAGGAUCAAACUUUAGCCGGUCUUAUACCCAGUAAAGCCUUUCAGCAUCAACGAGAAUCCAUGAAGCAAACGAUAGCUGGUGGAAAGUCGACGGUACGAGGUUCGAAGAAAUCUAGUACACUACUGUGUGCGAGGAAAAAUCCAAAGAAAAAAAAACGAAACAAACUUGGUGCCAAUUUCAACGACGACGGUUAUCCACUUUACGCGACGACUACGAUAGACGAUUACGACAGCGAGGAGGUGCUAACGUACGAAGAAGUAGCUCUGUAUUAUCCAAGAGCGAAUCAUAAGAGGCCUAUCGUUCUUAUUGGUCCUCCUAACAUCGGUAGACACGAGCUGAGACAAAGAUUAAUGCAAGACAGCGAACGUUUUGCAGCUGCUAUUCCUCAUACAAGUCGUCCAAGGAAGGACUCCGAAGUUGACGGUCAGGAUUACCACUUCAUCUCUCGCUCCCAAUUCGAAUCCGACAUUCUCUGUCGGAAGUUCGUUGAACACGGCGAGUACGAGAAAGCGUAUUACGGUACUUCCGUCGAGGCUAUAAGAUCGGUUGUGAAUUCUGGGAAGAUCUGCGUCUUGAACUUACAUCCUCAAAGCUUGAAGAUCCUACGGAGUUCGGAUUUAAAACCAUACGUGGUCUUUGUAGCACCUCCUAGUCUCGAGAAGUUACGACAAAAACGUAUUAAAAGUAACGAGAGCUUUAAGGAAGAAGAAUUGAAGGACAUAAUAGAGAAGGCUCGAGAGAUGGAGGACAAGUACGGUCAUCUAUUCGACAUGAUCAUCAUUAAUAACGAUACGGAUCGUGCUUAUAAUCAACUUCUUACGGAGAUCAAUUCAUUAGAAAGGGAACCACAAUGGGUACCUGCGUCUUGGAUUCAGUAAUGGUAUACUGAAUGGACGACGAAUGUGUCUUAGAUAUCAAUGCCAUCGCGAGUUUAAUGGCACGUUACUAAAUACCGAUUAAGAAACAGAUUAUAAUAUAAAUGAAUCGAUUCUUUCGUAAGUACUUACUCGUUACUGGUCUUGCGUGGUAAACUUGUACCUUGUUAAACGAUCGCAAGUACUACGAUCGGGAUGCCAAUUGACGAUCAUUUAAAAAUUGAAAUCUUGUAGUUCCUGAUGGCCGAGGUUCGCACAUCUUCGUAAGCGAGUCUCCAUGAUGUCAAAACAACAUUGAUCGAUCUGAAUCGGUUCGACCCGGACGAUAAGAUUUUUGAAAGAACGAUGCCAAUUUCUCAUGUUAGAAUUAUAAAUGCAGAAAAUCUUGUCGAUCCCGGGAUAACCGUAAUUAUGUAGAAUUAAUUCGUUUAAAACGAGGGAAAAAAAAGAAAUCGAGUUGACGCGUGAAACGCAUUCGCAAAAAGUUUUAUAUUUCGAUCGUCUAUUUGGACCUUCGUAUUGCAAUACAAUAUAUAUUUAUCCAAUCACUUUUCGAUUUACUAUAACGAAAUCGACGUGUGUAUUAUAUUUCAAAUCACUUUCUCAUUUCUUCCUCCUCCAUUAACUUAUCGCGAGAUCAUUAACGAUUAUUUGUUGUCUCAUUUAGAAAACAAAUCUCUAUUGAAAUUCUUAUUUUACAUUGCGACGAAAGAAUUGUAUCUCCCGACUUAUAAAUAUAAUAGAGAUGUCGACUGAUGAUCGUACUCGCGAAUAAGUCGUUUUAAUGCGACAGUUUGGACGUACAUAAAACUAUUAAUAGAACUCUGUUUAGAUAAAUUCAUCACUUGUCUACUAGUUCGUUUAUGGAGAAAGAGAACUAUUACUUUAAAAAGUCCUUAGAGAACUGUUGGAUGUAUAAAGAAAAAAAAAAAAAUAGGACGUAGAAUGGAAAAGUGAAGAAGAAUGGAAAAGUUAAGGAUGCGUUUAGUAAAAAGAUAAGAAAAUAGUAAUUCUCCGUAUUUAAAAUGCGAAUAAAAUGCAGCUCGGUGUUCGACUUAAAAUGGUGCUUCAAAGUUGACAUGGUUCCUUGUGAUUAGGUCAUCGAUAUAUUUUCUUGUGCUUCUUAGAUAUUUUAAAUACGCGUAGUCCGUUAAAAGUGAACGAUGAUAAAACGAUGAUAUAGUUUAGACGGGGAAGUUACUCAUUUUACCGUCCUGCGUAAACAGUGUAUAAACUUAAUGAAUAUUCGAAUAGAUACGAGCGAUUAGUUACGAUCGACACUGUUACAUUAAUAACGACUAAUUCUUUAGUAUGAUCAUAAAGUUCUUAGAGACAAGAUCGUUAGAGAGACUUCCGUUACGUCUUCGAUGAUUUACUUUUGUAAAAAUUCGUGCCGUCGGAUCGAUAUUAUUAGACAAGAAGUAUUUUAUAAAAAUAGUAUCUUUUUUAUAAAUAUAAUUUUAAAGAGUUUCAGCAUAUCACACGCAAGAAAUUCAUACGAAUCAUAAUACUCGUGAAAUCCGUGACUCCUUUAUUCUUGGCAUAGCUAUUGACUUUUAUCGCACGUCUCUAAUAACAAUAGUUAUAAAAAGGUAAAUUCUCUCUGUGCACGAAUAAAUCGUUACGAACAUCGUAGGAGUCGCUAAAAUUAACGUCGAAAAAAGUCUUUUUAAUACUCUUUUUCUAAAAGUACGCCAGAAUGUUACAUCGUGCCAACGUCUUUGCACUUCUAUCAUAGUUUCGAUCGUCGUAUUACCCUAACUCCGAACUCCCUUUCAAAAAUUCCUAACUUACGAUAUGGUCGAUGUAAAGUCGAGCAGUAAAUUAAAAAAAAAAAAAAGAAUGGCGCUCAUAGUGUUAUCGAUGUGCCCCUCAUACCCCAGAUUCCGUCUCGCGUGUAUUCACGUACUGAUUAUUAAAAAUUAGGAUUACGAAUACUGCUCCGAAAGUGCGUUUACAAGCUGAUUUUUUCUAACCAAAAGAUCGUUAUGAUCUUCCCAUUAAAUUCCUAAGCAAACUCCGAGUAUAUCUUCCAUUGUUUAUUUCCAUAGUUACGAUAUAAAAACAAUUAGACUGAAUCUAUCUUGUAAACUCGCUUUUCGAAUCAGUUUCAUAAUAGCGAUAUUAAGGAGCGAAGAAAGUUUAUCAAAAAGAAGAAAAAUUAAGAGUAAGAAAUAAAGUGAAAGAAAAAGAAAAAAAAAAGAAAUAAGUCAGAUCACUCUGGUCGGUCUAACAAAAAAAUAUGGGCGAAAUUUCGCAUGGAUCAAGUAGAGCAGAUUAAACGUUCAUUAGAUCGAUGGUGUUAAGAUUAAUUGUCGAGAACAGAAUAGAUAUUUAAGAUAAAAAAACAUAAAUGUCGAUGUCGAAGCAUUGUAAAACUAGACACAUUAUUAGAGAACUAUUACAUCGUGAUAACGUUAUAAAAAAUACCUAUAGCCAAGGAUACCUACGGAGAGGACAAAAAAUAUAUAAAAUAUUAAGCUAACUCGUCCCAUGGGACGAACUAAAUAAGGAAGAGGGGACAAUAUUCUGCCAAGUUUAUUAAAAGAGAGAAAUAAUACGCGGACGAUAUCUGAGAUGUGCCAAAAUACUUUUGGGUAAAUGUUUAGUGGAGGAUUUAAAUAAACAAAAGGAAAAUAGAAAGAAAGAGAGAAAGAAGAAAAAGAAAACGUGUUUUAAAAUGCGCUCAAAAGGCACCUUUAGAACGUAUACAUACACACACACACACACACACACACAUAAAUUAUAUAUAUAUACAUAAUAUUAAUUAUGUAAAUAUUUGUGUACUUGUAUAGAGAUGAAGAAGAUGAAAAAAAGAAAAUAUCGUCAUCAUCGCCAUCUUUCAUCAUCAUUGUCAUUAUUAUUACUACUUCUACCACUACUAUUAACUACUUAAUACUAUCAUCAUAUAUGUGUAUAUAUAUAUAUAUAUAUAUAUAUAUAUAUAUAUACACACUACUGCUCCUCUAUUAUUGGCUACUACUGUUACCACUAUUGCUAUUACUCUCUCGAUAUAAACGAGUACUUAAAUGUUAUCCUUAUUACGCGUUUUUGUUAUUACGAUAUGAAUUAUUAAUUUUAUCAUUAUUAUUAUUAUUAUUACUAUUAUUAUUAUUAUACACUCAUUUAUUAUUGUUUUUAUUAUCGUCGAUACAUUUAUAAUAUGUCUAUCGUGAAUCUUAACUGACUAUACGCGUGCCACAUAAAAGCGUUUGGACGGCAAUAGAAUAUUUAAGCAGUUACGUCAAAUUUAAUUGAAUUUUUUUGUAAGCGUUGCCAUUAUGUCGGUUUUAUUUUCAUCGACGAUUUUUUUUUUACUAAGAAAGAAAAUAUCUUCGUUUGACAUAGAAGUAAAAAAUGAACUAUUUCGAAUGCACGAGUUGUAUCAUAAGUGUAAAAUGAGUUUUGCAAUACAUUAUAUAUAUAUAUAUAUAUAUAUAUAUAUAUAUAUAUAUAUACAUAUGUAUGUAUAUAUUAUAUCCUUCAGCGAUGAAAGAGCGUGUAUAUUAUGAUUAUCGUUAUUAUUACUAUUAUUAUUUUUAUUAUUAUUAUCAUCAUUAUUAUUAUUAUUAUUAUGAUUAACUCGAGAAAUGUUUAUAAACGAUAAGUAUUAUUAUCAAUGAUAUUAAUUACUUUAUCUAACGUAAUGUGAACAUAACAUGAAGAAAAUAUGAACACGCAUAUGUGAGUGUGUGAGUCGAUGUAUUAGUGCGUUAAUUAUUAUAGCGUACUUAUGCACGGAUGAAUGUAAUAUUAGUGAGUGCAAAUAUAUUUACUUAUUAUGUAUAGAAUGAAAGAACGGCGAAAAGAAGUAAAAACAAUAGAAUAGAUAGACGACUGUUGAAUGUAUAUUUUUAAGCUUUUGGUUGCUAAAAAUAAUAUAUUAUUUACAUUGUUAUAUCAAUCAUCGAUGCUGUUAAUGUCUUCGAUCAGUGGCGAUUCGAUUUCAUUUGAAUCGAUAAACGAUAGAUAAUAAUAUUUCCGUCUGUAAAAGAGAAAUGAGAAAUUUUAGAACUUUUUAUCCUUUAUGCAACAAUUUAUAUUCUUCGUUCGAUAAAUUAUUUCGUCGAAUCGAAAUAUUUUUCGAAAUCUGACUUAAAAAAUUUGUUUCAAGAACAUUAUAAGAUAUUAAUCGUAUUCUUUUUCAUAGCAACGCACUCCCCUUUUUUGACCGAAUUAAUAAUAAUAAUAAUAAUGAUAAUAAUAAAAUUAAUAAUAAUAAUAAUAAUAAUAAUAAUAAUAAUAAUAAUAAUAAUCGAAGAAAUAAUAAAUUAAAUUAAUUAGAGACAUUCGACCGUCUUCCGUGUGUCCGUAAAAGAAUUUCGUUUCUUUUUUACGUAGGAAAUCGACGAAGCACGAUAAAUGAUUAGAUAGUUAGAACAGAUAAAAAUGUGCAUUCUCAAUGUCGUCGUUCUUUAUCUCGGUGAUAUUUAUAUCCGUUUACGUACAUAUAUGCAUACAUAUUAUACGUAUAAAUACAAAUGAAAAGAAUAAGAACGGUUUUAUGUAGUAUUACACGACUAGCAAUACACCGAAUAUAUAUAUAUAUAUUAUAUUAUAUACAUAUAUUAUAUGUAUAAUAUAUAUAAUAUAUAUACAGAGAGAGAGAGAAAGAAAUAAGAGAAGAAAGAAAAAUUAAAAGUUUGCAGAAAAAGAAAAAGGUAUAUAUACACGUAAACGAAAUAUUCUAAACUACAGUUCUUCCGAUAUAGAUGUAUCGGUAUAAUAUGUAAAUACGUAUUUUGAGCUGUAAGAAUUCGUCAUUAAUGAGAACGAAUAUGGAUCUCGUUAACGGACUUCGCAAUAAGUUAUUAUAAUUAAGUAUACUGGAAGAAGCUGCCCAGAGUUCAUCAUUUUUAUUGCAAGAUCCGAUAAACAUAUUUUGACAUAUUUCAAUAUUUGAGACGUUAAAUAUCUUUUGGAUUUGAAGAACAAUAGAAAUGUUUUCUGUGAAUAAGCAGACGGCCAUUGCUUAUUUAUCCGAAUUCUUAAAAAGCAUUUAAGGAGACUCAUGAUGAUAUAUAUAGCAAAACUCAAGUCCAAAAGAUAUCAAAGAACGUCUUUAAAAUUUUUUCAUUCAUUAUUUCGAGAAUGUUAAUAAUAAGAAGAAAAACAAAAAUAUAAAAAAAACAAAAAAUUGAGUAAGUAAAAUUUUUCAUAAUAAAAUACUUGUAACUAACAUCACUUUUCCGCGAAAUCCGUUAAUGCGAUCCUUCCUAUGUAUUGUAAUCGACGUGUACACAAAUAUAUACAUAUGUAUAUGUGUAUGUAUACAGUGCGUGUAAUAUGUACAUAUAAAAAUUUAGAGAACUUCCAAUUUUAAACGAACAAUUGAAAUUUACGUAUGAAUAACUUCACUUUGAUAAGGACUUAACAAAUUCGUGAGAAGUAGUCCAAAAAUACGAAGAAAAAAAAAUAAAACGAAGAAGAUGCAAAAAAGAAAAACGUUAAUAUAAAUAUCUUCGCGUUAAUCUAAGUCGAUAUAUAAUUAAUUCGCGCGAGAUAAAGAGAGAAAAAGAGAGAGAGAGAGAGAGAGAGAGAGAGAGAGAGAGAGAGAGAGAGAACAACAUAAUAACGUCGAUGAUCUCGCGAUGAUCUAGACCGAUUGUUUUUUGAAAAUUUAUUAUGUAAAUAGUAAGGAGAUUUCCACCCGUGCGUGUUGAGCGUUGCGAUUUAAGGGGUUCAAUGAGGAUUUAUCUCGAUUUAGCGAUUGAAAGAUUGCUGAUACUUCAUCCCCCAUUCAGUCUACGUUCUGUUACAUAUUGCGUUAAAUAAAAAAUUACUGUAAUAUUUUGAA